GAGCUUGCCAUAGGAGCACAUCAGAGUGCUGGGAAGAGCGACUCCAAUCACUACUGCUGAUCCUGGCUCAAUUUCCCUAGCUGACGUCAGCUGCCUGCCUGGCUCUCCGCUCCUCCGGACACAGUGCCGUGUAAAAAUGCUGCUCUCUGUGCCGUCAAGGACAGGAUUCAACCCGUACAACGGCUACAACGGCAAAAACAUCAAGAAGCAGACGUAUGUGUCCCCCUACAACCAUCAGAUGGCUCCUCCAAGCCCCAACAACAACAACAACAAUAGCAGCAACGCCACCUGCAUCAGCAAUGGUAGCAGUUGCAAUGGGGGAGAGCAGUUGAGCAAAACCAACCUCUACAUCCGUGGCCUCCAUCCAGGAACCACAGACCAGGAUCUGGUCAAACUCUGUCAGCCGUAUGGGAAAAUAGUGUCCACCAAGGCCAUCCUGGACAAGACCACCAACAAGUGCAAAGGCUAUGGCUUUGUUGACUUUGACAGUCCGUCCUCAGCUCAAAAGGCAGUGACAGCGCUGAAGGCUGGUGGAGUGCAGGCUCAGAUGGCCAAGCAACAGGAGCAGGACCCCACCAACUUAUACAUCUCCAAUCUGCCAAUGUCCAUGGACGAGCAGGAGCUAGAGAGCAUGCUGAAGCCCUUCAGCCAGGCCAUUUCCACACGCAUCCUCCGCGAUGCUAACGGAACCAGCCGAGGAGUGGGCUUUGCCAGGAUGGAGUCAACCGAGAAAUGUGAAGCCAUCAUACAACAUUUCAAUGGAAAAUAUAUCAAGACUCCACCUGGAGUUCCAGUGCCGCCAGAACCCCUGCUGUGUAAAUUUGCUGACGGAGGCCAGAAGAAGCGUCAGAGCCAAGGAAAAUAUCUGCAGAACGGCCGGCCCUGGACGAGAGAUGGGGACACAGGAGGAAUGACGCUUACCUAUGACCCCACCCCAGCCUUACAGAAUGGGUUCUAUUCCUCUCCCUACAGCAUAGCCCCCAACCGGAUGAUGGGGCCAACUUCCCUCUCCCCAUACAUGCAUUCACCUGUGUCCACCUACCAGGUACACAACCCAUCCUGGCUACAUCAUCAGUCGUACAUCAUGCCACCCACAGGAGCAGUCCUGACGCCAGGAAUGGACCACACCAUGUCCAUCCAGCCGACCUCCAUGAUGGGGCCCCUGACACAGCAGCUCAGCCACCUCUCCAUGGGCAGCAGCGGCACAUAUAUGCCUGCAAACACAUCUAUGCAGGGGACCUACAUCCCCCAGUACACCCAAGUGCCUUCCACCAACAUCUCAGUUGAGGAAAGUGCCGUCCAACCACCUGUUGCCAUAGAGACACCCACAGAACACACAACCUACACCUACCAGCAUAACAAGUGACGAGGUGGCAGAGAUAUUCCUCAGGAGCCGGAGUGACUCUUUAAGGGCCCCAAGUGCUGAAACUCGGCACAGCGACUCUGCACGUAAGGCACCAGACACCUGGGAGGAACACAGACUGUUACACAGAAAGGACACAAAAACGAUAUUUCCUACAAACUCAUAUCUUGAAACAAACUCUUUUACUCCAAACAAGCAAGGAUGGAGGAAAUGGGAAUGGGAAGAACAGAACAAGGAGCAUCUAUUUUGAUAACAGUCA